AUGUCGAAACCUAUAUUGAAAGCUUUUCUGAAGAAAAGAUCGAUUGAUAAGAGCCCCUACGUUCUUUCUACAAACUUUCAAAAAAGAUGGUUUGUGCUGGAUGACAAACACCUAACAUACUACGAUGGCAAAAGUUCGAAAAUGGGUGAAGAAAAAGGAAAGGUUGAACUUAAGAAGAUCUUGGCAGUCGAGGCAUUAGACGACUUAUGUAUGGAGGACAAAAGGGAUGUCUUUCAGGUAAUACACAUCUGUCCUACAAGAUACGACCCUGUUAUUUUGUAUGUGGUAACCAGUAGCAAACAAGAACAGGAGAAGUGGAUCAAUGGAAUCAGGAGAGAGGCCAUUAAAAAUGAAGCACCUUUUAUAAAGAAUUAUCAUCCCGGUAUAUGGGUUGAUGGAGCCUUUACUUGCUGUCAUGCUCAGGGAAAAAUAGCUCGGGGAUGUAAACUGGUCCACGGAACUUCCGAAGAAGGACCUUCUCAUGAACAUGCAGGGGACGAUCAAGGGGCGCAUGCCUCCUCGAGGUCUUCCUCAACUAGAUCUAGAUCACAGAGGGAAACUGAAGCCAGGACUGCUCCUUCCAGACCCCAGCCUAGAAUUCCUACCAAUGCAGAGGAGUCAACUCGGGCUAGGCACAUAGGACAUAACUCCCCAAGAAGUUCCCAAAAACGUCAGUUAACAAAAAAAUCUUCCACACAGUCGUCAUCGUACGGACAUUCUCAAUUUUACAAAAUCUUUGUGGCGGUAUAUGACUAUAGACCAACUUCUGAGUCGGAUGAUAUCGCACUUGUAAAGGGAGAGCGUUAUGAAGUUUUAGAUGACUCGGAUGAGCACUGGUGCAAUAUUAAAAGUAUUAGAAAUGGAUAUUCAGGUUUUGCCCCAAGAAACUAUCUUGAAGAGGACACUGAUGUUGAAUCAUACGAAUGGUAUUGUGCAUCGAAGGAAGAAUGCGAAUUAUUGCUGGUCGAGGACGGGCGGCCUGGUUGUUUUCUUGUUCGUGACUCCAGAGAAAAGGGCACUUUUACUCUUUGUUUAUAUGAUGGUGCCAGCAUUAAAAAUUUCCGAAUCGAAAAAACAACAACUGGGAACGUUUACAUAAGAAAAGAGAAGGAAUUUACCUCCGUGCCAAAUCUUAUUGAAUAUUACCACCAACAUGAAGUCGGUUCCACUGGCCUCCGACUGGAAUCAAUCCCCAUGUAAUAUUGUGGCACUGGUGCUUUAAUCUUCAUCACCACAGAACGACUUACCAAGUUUUGAAAAAAUAAAGUUAUUUUGCAACAAGAUCGCGUCUUUUAUAUUGUGGAACUGAAGAAAAAUUGUGGAACUGAAGAAAAAUUGGACUUUCCCAAUCAUUUCUUGCAUUCUUUUCGUUGGACAGAUGAGAAAUUAAUUGGAUCCAUCAUUUAUUGUCCUUGAAAGUUUUGUUGAUUGUAUAUAAACUAUGAAACAAUCACUUGUACAUCAUCAAUAUUCGGAUAAAAAUUAAUUUGUGUUCAAAAUAUCUUGUAAGAAUAGAAUACAGUUUUACAGUGAU